AUGUCAAUUUUGUUGUGCCAUGAAGACUUGAAAAAUGUUGUUCAUCACUUUCUUUCGAUUUCUGAUCUCACGCAAUUUGUGUUAGUUAACAAAAAAUGUGGGCAAGUUGUUAUAAGUCUUAACAAAUCACCACACUUCGAGAUAGUCUACAAUGAUGAAGAAAAAAAGAACAAAAUAUCAAAGCAACUUGAGUUAAUCCCAUCACUUCAAGUCAUUGAAAUAACAAACGAUUUUGACUUGAUCGAAAUAGUUCCUCAAACCAUUUUAAUUGAUAUUUUGUCGCUCAAUAUGGAGACUAAAGAAAUCGUUUUAAAGUGCCAGAACCAAAUUGUUUCACUUAAUGUGAUACCAGACCAAUUCUUCGAUUUUUCAGUGUGUGAUAAAUUAAGACGCCUUUCUUUAACGUACGCGUUCGAAAUUAAAUCCGAACCAGAGAAGAAUAUUGAUCCAUUAUGUGAAAAUGAGGAAAGCAAUGAAGAGAGCGGACAGAUGUCUGUUGUUGAAGCGUUUUGGAUGGAUAAAACUAAACAUCUUGAUUUCUUUAAAAUCACAUUUAAAAACGGAUUCGACGAAGUCUUCUUGGAAGAAGUUGGGUUAUACAAUUUUGACGUUGUUGUUAUCGUCGUGGAAAGCCAGUUUUACCAGGUUGUCAAAGAAAAAUCAAAACUAUAUAAACACGUCACAGUGUGUUCAGACACGUUGUCACAAUAUAUAGAAGACAUAGUUAUUCCUUUUGAUGACAAUGUGAUACACGUCACUCUUCCCCUCAACAAAAAACAGCAGACAGAACUUCAAAAGUAUUUGCCAACUGCAAUUGUGUCUACGAAUGAAGACAACACUCUUGAUUUUCAUAAUUACACAGCAUUGUUUUAA